AUGAGAAUUAAAGUGCUUUGUGUUUUGAAUUCUGCAUACUAUUUGAAAGCCAUUGUUUCUAUCUUAGCUUUGACAAAGUCCCCUAUGGAUGCAGACUGUGUUUUGGAUUUCUCUUCAUACCCUUACCAACCAAGUGGCAACUGCAUUCAUGGAAACGGGAAGGUCAAAUUAUGGGGCAGUAUUCCCUCAACUCUUUGCUGUCAAAACGCCCUCAAUACCUUCUCUGAAGUUCUUGCAGUUCGCGCUGAGAAGACACAAGAGAGUAGUAUCUUCAUCGAGCAAGAUUCUUGGAGAAAAUGUGAUUCUCCUUUUUCAAACCAAGAAUCAGUUUCCAUACAUUCCUGUGGAUUUGAUCAAUUCUACUCUGGCAGUAGCAAGUGCUCCAGCCUAUCUCUAUCACAAAUUCAGCGCAACCCAUUUUACCCACAAGCAGCAGACUUAUGUUCUAACUUAAAUUCUUCAUUUGAGAAUACCUGCAAAAAUUGCACUGAUGCCAUAGCAAUGGUAGUGGAGAAUCUAUUGCAGCUAAUCCAAGGGCAACAAAAUGAUACUGAAAGAACAAUAUGUAAUUUAGCAGUUGUUAUUUCCGUUGCAGCUGCAAAUGUUACUGAUAGCUCUUUUGGUGCAAAUUUGUUUAGCUGUAUGUCUUCUUUAGAUGAUUUUGAUUCAGGCUACAUCAGACUGAAAAGGCCCCUGGCAAAAGCACUACUGGCAGUCUUUAUAGCAAUCAUCGUACUAAUUCUGAUCCUUGUCUUGGUAAAAUUUGUGAACUUAAGGAAGCGCAAGAGCAACAGAAAACUUCCUAAACCUAUUCCAUCCAAGGACAUCACUACAUGGUCCGGUCUCUACCGGUUCUCCAAGGUUGAGAUUGAGAAUGCUAUAAGUGUCAACUAUAAAAGAAAAAGUUUAGGCAGAGGAAGUGCUGGUGAAGUUUAUCAAGGCGUUCUGCCUAGCGGACAAGUUGUGGCCGUCAAGCAGAUAUAUAAAAGCAACUGCUCUGAUUCUUUUACUAGGGAAGUUGCAGGUCUUUCCAGGGUUCGACAUCCAAACCUUGUUUCUCUGCUUGGUUGCUGUAUUGAAGGCGACGAGCAGUAUUUGGUCUUCGAAUAUUGUUCUGCAGGAAAUCUUGCUCAGCAUCUCCUAAAGAAAGACCGCGUCUUGCCAUGGGAAAGAAGAGUUAAAAUCCUAAGAGACUGUGCACUUGGGCUGAGGUAUCUCCACAAUUAUAUUGAUGGAUGCAUUGUUCAUAGAGAUAUCAAGCUCACAAACAUCCUCUUGACUGAAGACUUGGAGCCCAAGCUCUCGGAUUUUGGUUUGGCAAAGAUGCUGGGAAUGGAGGAGAGCAAAGUAUUCACAGAUGUUAGAGGAACUAUAGGCUAUAUGGAUCCAGAGUACAUGAGCAACGCAAAGCUGACCUGUGCCAGUGAUAUCUACAGCUUUGGAAUUGUUGCCUUACAACUUCUGUCUGGACAGAAAGUUAUUGAUCUGGAUCUUGAUGCCAGUGAACAACUGACACGAAAAGCAAAGGACGUGAGCAUGGGAAAACGUCCAUUAACAGAUUUCGAAGACCCAAGGCUGCAUGGGAAUCUCAAUAGAUCAGAUUUUGAAGCCAUCCUACAAAUUGCAGUUCUCUGUGGUGCCAAAUCAAGUAGAGGCAGGCCAACAAUUGAUGUUGUUUUUGAUGAGAUGGAGAAGGCUUGGAAAAACACAGUGGCUGACAUGAAAACAAGGACGGAGAUUGGUCCAUCAGCAACACCCCAGUCCAGGUCCAUGGAAUUGAUUUCAGUUUGA